AUGUCUUCUAUUCCACCAUCAACCGCAUCAACUGCACGCGAAACAACAUUAUUUGGCGAUUCAACGACCGAAACUCCGUUGUCCUACGAAUCAACAGACCCUCUUCUUUCCGAGAUCAUCACCUACUUCAUUAGCCGAGGCUUUCAAUCAAGCCUCGUUAGGUCCUUUCUGGAAAGGGAGACUCACCUUGAUCUCAAGACGAAUGCGGAACUCAUGUUUGAUUUUCUUAAAGAGCGCCAGCAACUGAAUCCAACAAUCUUCGUUGGCAUUGAGGGAAGUGGUAUAAGUGGUGUAACUCCAGGCGAAGAUAAGAGAUUACUUGUGGAGUGGGGUCUUACGGAGGAAACCGCAAAUGAACUCCGUGAUAGUGUGUGUAAUGAUACCCUCUGGUCUAAACAGACUUUAUACCAUUGGUUAUUCGAAUGGAUCCUCAAUCCAUGGGAUUCCUUCUCUCAAAUGAGCUUUGAUAGGAUUUUCUAUGAUGUGCAAUUCCCACGCAAUCAGUGGAACAGUUACGAUAGAAAAGGUGGGCCACAAAUGUUCGCCUCUUCAUAUGAAGAUAUCGCUACUGGAAUAGAUGGCUUUUUAAAUAACAACACGAAAGUCACCAAUGCCAAUUUGAUGAAUACUAUGUAUCGUUCUUUCUUUCACGCAACAGAUUAUCAAAGCGCCCAAGCUAUCAGUAAGAAUGGAAUUAAGCUUACACAAUGCAAACCUAGUCUUGAUUUUGGGUCUGAUCCUAGCUUUUACCUAAACCCAUCGAUUGAUAAUGCAAUUGAUUGGAUUAAGGACCGUAAUGGAUUUCAUGGAAUUGUCGUGUAUUGGGUUGAUAUUGACAAAUUACAAAGCAUGAAUUAUCGCGAUCUAGUUUCUGAAGGUGAUGAUUUGUGGAAGAAGGUUGUGGUUUCGUCGAGAUGUGCACAGAACUCGGAAGUAGACGAUAAUUAUUUUGUCUACGGAUACCAAUUAUCCAACCCAAGGCAAAUUCUUUCUGAAUGGGAGAAUCACGGCGGAGAGGGUGUUGAGGAUUCAUGGCAGAAUGUCAUUCCCAGUGCUAGAUGGUUUGAACCUAUUAAACACAUUCAACUUGCUGUUAAGACUCGUAGGGCGGUAGGUCUUAUGAAUAGCUAUUGUGUUGGCGUUAUUUAUUUUCAUACAAAAAAACCAGUAGAUCAAUAG